UUGUGUGGUGGAGGUGACCCGCAUUGGCCUGGACACGGUCUAGGUGAAGAAGCUAGCUUCAAGUCUUAGAGCUCAAGAUCAGUUCGGUUGGCGAUGGCCACGACCAGACGAGCCUACCAACCUCCAGCUCUUCGUCCGAUCGAGUUUAGCUUCACAGGACGUGGAGAAAAUAUCAGGUGAUACAAGAGUUUAGGUGCUACCAUGAUACGGGUUUUCGUGAGCCAUUGGAUCAGAGAUCUAAGGGUGACAGCCAUCCUUUUGGACUUGCACGUAAAUAUCAGAUUCUGAAAGCUUCACAGGACGUGUCGUCCCGUCACACGGUACCUAUAUAUACCCCGGCCCCACUAAAGUGCAGCCGCACCAACCGCAAUCCCAAUUCGCAACGGCACCAACAGACACACGCACGGGCGCGCGCGCGGCCGGCAGCACGGCAAGUCGGCGACUCGUGCGCCCGCCGGACACCGGCCGCGCUACAAACGCGUCGUACGUCUACGCCCGCGUGCCGACGCAGGCUUCCGCUUUUCUUCCCUCCCCCCGCCCGCUCCUCCUCCCCCCAUGCGCGGGCGCCGCACCGCCCCCCGGCGGCCAGACGAGAUGACGGACUCCACCGACUCGCCGUCGGAGCACGCCGGCGGCACGAACGGCGACGGAGCAGGCGGGCUGUGCCAGUACCAGCACGGCGGCCCGGCCAGGGCGCCGCGGCUGGGGCUCGAGAUCCGGGAGCCCUUCCUGCGUCUGAUCACGUCCAUGCGAGCCGCGCUCGACCCCGCCCCCGACGACGGAGGCGCCGGCCCAGAGGAGGAGGGGGCGCCAGCGGGGAAGAAUCAGGGCCAGCGACGGCUGACGCGGGUGGGACUGCGGGCGCUCCAAAUCGGCGACAGCAAGAUCGAUCGAACGGACGAGGCCGACAUAGCGGCCAAGUUCCAGUACAAGAAGCCCAAGAAGAUCGUGCUCCAGCUGCACCGGGCCGACGCCUUGGUCAAGAUCGACAUCCUCUGGUCCAACAUCCUGGCCAUGUCGGCGCGCUUCGACGACGCGAGAUUCGACACGCUCAGGAUCCAGGUCAAAUGCGCGUCCGAGCGGUUCAGUGCUACACAACCUCCAGCAGCAAGCAGAAUGCAUCUCCGAUGGCAGCGCUGCGGCGAUGUUAUUCCAAGGACCUUUUUGCUCUGGUUUGACAAGGGGACGCUGGAGAGGGGCUACGGCAAGAUGAUGUACGCCGACCCUUCGCUGCUUCUACUGCCGCCGCCGCCUCCGGGACAAGGAGAGGAGGAGGAGGAGGAGGAAGAAGCCCCGUCCCCGCCAUUCCUCGGAGGCGCGACGCCGAGCACGGUGAUGAUGAUGACAGGCUCGGCAAACACAGGGGCCGCCGAUCCCGCGGCGUAUCAUGAGUACUGGGGCACCCAGUUCCAGGACUCGGCACAUAUCCGUUCCUUGUACAGAUAGCCGUUAUUCAUUGAUAUUCAUGUUCUUCAUUCGUUGUAUAGAUGUCAUGCACGGUACA